AUGUCCAGAUACGUCGAUUCGCACAAGAGCCCCAAUGGACCCGGUGAUGCGCGACCGACGGCCAUGCAAGUUGUCGAGGAUGAGGGCAGACUUGGGACAAUGACCGACAAGGUUUUUCUAGUAACUGGCGCUUCGUCCGGCAUUGGGAUCGAAACAGCCCGCGCCAUGGCUGCAACAGGCGCAAGAGUCUUUCUCGCCGUACGAUCUCUGGAAAAGGGGCAACAGGCCUGCGCCGAUUUCUUGGAUCCAGGGCGCGUGGAACUUGUCGAAUGUGACAUAAGCUCCCUGGAGUCCGUCAGAAAGGCAGCCACCGAAUUUCUUGCAAAGUCUCAGACUCUCAAUGUCUUGGUCUGCAAUGCCGGCAUCAUGAUGGUGCCACAACGAGAGGAGUCUGCUGAUGGCUAUGAGAGCCAGCUCGCAACAAACUAUCUGGGCCACUUUCUCCUCUUUUGGCUUCUGCGCGAUGCCAUGGUCAAGUGCUCAACGACCGAUUUCAAAUCACGUCUGGUAAAUGUUUCCAGCAGUGGACACCACGCCUCUGAAAUCCAGUUUGACGACUUCAAUCUUACAAAAGAUGGCGCAUAUGAUCCCAUCAAGGCCUAUGGGCGGAGCAAGCUUGCUCAGAUAUACAUGUCCAACUACAUUGACCGGGUCUAUGGCUCUCGCGGCCUCCAUUCCCUCAGCGUGAUGCCAGGAAGCAUCUUGACCAACUUGCAUCAGCACAUCCCCGAGUCUGUCUAG